AUGACUUCCUGUUCCGGCCAGCGCUUUGCGUUCGAAUAUCAGCCAUCCUUCGUGUGUUUUCCCCUUGAACAGUUCGGCCUCGGGGACUCCAAGUACGACGGGAAGAUCGAACUGCUAGAUGGAGAAGACGGAGCAGAAGCCAAGUACACGAAAGCGCUGGAGAUCUCCGGAGGAGAAGAAAAGCUGAGAAGCUUUCAGGACUUCAGUAAAGAGCUGCAGAGGAAGCAUGGCCUCCACGAGGAGCAGAAAGGCAUCAUUGAAGCCGGCGAGCGCGCCGCACGUAGCGUCAAGGUAAAUUUUCAGCCGUUCUUUCCAACGUUGGAUGAGCUCUUUGAGUUUGCGCACAAGCACAAGCACCAUUUCUUCGACCUUGUGGACAGGGUCGCGACAGCCACCCAUGGUACCUGUGCAAAGCCGCCGCUGAAAGGCAAAGAACGCUGCGAGUCAAAGGCAAGGUUUAAGUACAUGGACGCGGCCGGAAACAUUGAAUGGCACAGACUUACUGACAUCGUUCGAGACACGCUCAGCUACGAGAACUUGGAAGAUAUGUACGAUGGACUGAAGCUGAUCGACGAGGACAAAAACGUUGAAAUCGUGGAGUUUAACGACCGGUAUCAGACUCCAUUGGAUGGCGGAUACCGCGACCUCCAGCUUACGCUUCGAGUGCAAGGUGAGUUGGUCUGCGAGCUGCAGCUUACAACAAAGUACAUGCUCUUCAUUAAGGAGUCGAGUGGACACAGGGUGUUCGAGGUCAAACGACAGCUCAUCGCAGAUGUAGCUGCCAACAGCGAGCUGGGGUGUCGGAAAACACUCCUCUGGGCUGGAAAGGACGCUGAGGCUGUGCUGCAGGAGAAGAAGAAGCCCAUGCUCCACAUAGCAGCUUCGCAGGGCAACUCCCGCAUGGUGCAGCUCUUCCUUGAGCACAGGGCGGAUGUAAACCUUGAGGAAAAGACUACUCGGCGAACGGCCCUGCACGAGGCGAUGGCCAAGGGGCACGCUUGUGCAGCGUGGGCCCUGAUCUCGGCGGGUGCGAAGCAAGACGUCCAGGAUGCAGACGGGCAGACGCCACUCUUGCUCGGACUCUUGCGCCAGCGCGUGUACCCCGAGAACGAGGCUGUGGCGAGGCGGGCCUCGAAGCUUUCGAAGUCAACUCCCCAGUAG